CAUCACCACAGCCAUCACAGCGGUAGCCAUGGCCAGCCUUGCAUCCAGCGCGCUGAGGAGGUCGGCUCGCUCGGUGAGCUGCCCGGCCUCUGCCGCACCUUUGCGAUGCGCCGCCCUCUCCCGCGCUGCCCUGGUGGCGACGGGCAGGAGGGGGGCGGCCUCGCGUCGCGGCUACGUCUCCGAGUCCAGAACCGACAAGGCCAAGGUCGAGACGGCCAUCAAGCUCGACAAGAAGGACUUUGCCGACAUUCCCCCGCCUCAGAUGGGCGUGCCGGUUGACGGCCAAGUGAGCCCCAUGGCCGAGGUCCUCAAGCAGGCCGCCGUCAUGGAAGAGGGCCAGCGGCCCAUCUACCUCGACAUGCAAUCCACAACGCCCGUUGAUCCGCGCGUUCUCGACGCCAUGAUGCCGUUCUAUGUCGGCAUUUACGGCAACCCCCACUCUCGGACGCACGCCUACGGAUGGGAGAGUGAGAAGGCGGUUGAGGAGGCUCGUGAGCACGUAGCCAAGCUCAUCGGCGCGGACCCCAAGGAGAUCAUCUUCACCAGCGGCGCCACCGAAAGCAACAACAUGAGCAUCAAGGGCGUCGCCCGCUUUUUUGGCCGCUCCGGCAAGAAGAAGCACGUCAUCACCACGCAGACUGAGCACAAGUGCGUAUUGGAUAGCUGCCGGCAUCUGCAGGAUGAGGGCUUUGAGGUCACGUAUCUCCCGGUGCAGAACAACGGUUUGAUCCGGAUGGAGGACCUCGAGGCCGCCAUCCGUCCUGAGACGGCCCUGGUCAGCAUCAUGGCCGUCAACAACGAGAUUGGCGUCAUCCAGCCCAUCGAGCAGAUUGGCAAGCUGUGCCGCGAGAAGAAGGUCUUUUUUCACACCGACGCCGCCCAGGCCGUGGGCAAGAUCCCCCUUGACGUCAACGACAUGAACAUCGACCUCAUGUCCAUUUCCUCGCACAAAAUCUACGGCCCCAAGGGCAUCGGGGCCUGCUUUGUUCGGAGACGUCCCAGGGUCCGUCUGGACCCCAUCAUCACAGGUGGUGGCCAGGAGCGAGGUCUGCGGAGCGGCACCCUGGCCCCGCCUCUGGUGGCGGGUUUCGGCGAAGCCUGCCGUAUCGCUAGUGAAGAGAUGGCGGUAAGUAACCUCGGUGAUUUUGAUGAUGCAGCGUUUUGCGAACCCAUUCUCUUUUCUUGCGGAUGAUUUGCUCUACACAUGCAUGGCUUUCUGAAUGGCCCGUGACAAGGCCGUUCAUGUUGAUCGCAGCUCCUGUCUGAUUUUAAGUCCCCUUGUGCGCUUGGCUUUUGUUCAGUCUCACGAUCGUGGCCCAGAUACUGACACCGCGUUACAGUAUGACUCGAAGCGCAUCAAGACAUUGUCGGAUCGCCUGCUGCAGGGCCUUCUCUCGUUGGAACACACGAGCCAGAACGGCGACGGCAACGCCUUCUACCCUGGCUGCGUCAACGUGUCGUUCGCGUACGUCGAGGGUGAGUCGCUGCUGAUGGCGCUCAAGGACAUUGCGCUGUCCUCUGGCAGCGCUUGCACAUCGGCCUCGCUAGAGCCCAGCUACGUUCUGCGGGCGCUGGGCAACAGCGACGAGAGUGCCCACAGCAGCAUCCGGUUCGGCAUCGGCCGGUUCACGACGGAGGCAGAGAUCGACUACGUGCUCAAGGCCGUGCAGGAGCGCGUCAACUUUUUGCGGGACCUGAGCCCGCUUUGGGAGCUCGUGCAGGAGGGCAUUGACCUGAACACGAUCCAGUGGAGCCAGCAUUAGGCCACUGGAGAUGGGGAUUUGGGACGGCGGAGGAACAGGACCCGGCCGAGAAGGGAGUGCCGGCAUGAGCCACGCGGUUUGUACAACAGAGAAAUAUGUACACUACGAUACCUCUUCGCGGAUACACAGGGCAGAACGGUAUGGCAUGCCGGGGGGGUUGCGCAAUGCAACGGAGUUUUUGUCUAUCAUGGUGCCGUGAAGUAUCGGAUCGUGAAGUAUCGUUGCGGAUAUGGAGGGCCAAGUAUACGUGGCCCGAUGACCAAUAACGGCUUCUACAGACCUAGCUUGCUGCUUCUUCAGUCAAUUUGGCCUUGGAC